UUUUUGUAUAAAUUGGUCGUGUGCAGUUUGCAUUUUCUGUUUCUUAAAAGGACACGGUUUUUUUCUUUAACUUCAAACUGAAAUUGUGUUCGUUCGUCAUGAAAGUGGUUGUCAUUUUCGCUUUGCUCUGCCUUUUUACCCUUUCCAAUGGUGCUGGAAUUCGACGCCCCGUUUCUGGAAAAGGCGAGCCGCUUCUUCGUCUUUCCUUUCCGGCCUCUGAACAUUUGAUGAAUCGUGCUCGAAGUGGGGAAGCAGGAAAUGCCAAUGAAUACAUGGACGAGGUUUUGGUUUUAGUUCGCGAGCAGAUAGUCCUGCUAGGAUACGACCGUAUUCAGCUUCCAGAUGGCGAUUUUAGCUUUACUUGGGAUGCUUACCCCGGCGUAAAUGGCGGUGUCUUUUUGCACGAUGGCUUGGCUACUGGUUUGGAAACAAUUCACCGUGUUGGGGACGCUACUCUUAGCAACACUGACACUGUCAUUUUCUUUGAAUCUGAUUGCGGCAUCAACAAUGGAGCUUUUGGUUAUGCAAUUAGCAUUCUUUUUAUGGAUAUCGGACCAACCGCUUCGAUGACCGGAACUGCCGAUUACAUCAACUUCUACUUCCAUUCUACUAUCGAUAUUCUCUCCGGAAUUGUUGUUGUCGACGUUUUUGAUUUAAAGAAAAUUGGUCAUAUCAGCACAGAUAUACAAGGCUUGGGAAUUUUUAAUUGGCUCGCCGAAAUCAUUGUCGAUUUUGCCCUUAACCUACUGAAGCCCUUUUUCAAGGAGCUCAUAGAAGGUCCUCUUACAAACCUUAUCAACGUUGUCCUUCAAGCUUACAUCGACUCGCUAAGAAACCCACCAACGACAAUCGCCAGCCUUAUUUAAGAAACUGCCAGCGCAAUUUACGGUGGAUAAGCUAAAGAAAUACAACCAGACAAAAAAAGAAACAUUCCCUAGCUAGUAUGUAGUGAAUAAAUACAGGGAAAUCGAAAUUUGUAUUCACAAACACCCGAUAUGGAUUUCAAUUACAAUAGUAGUGUAGUCUUA